CAUGGACAACGUCACCAGUCUGCACACGGCCUGGCACACGAGCAGGAGCGGAUCAUGCCGAUCAUUUUAUGGAAAAUCAUCGUUUUUCAUUUCACCGCCAUACCCGCUGUUUCCUGGUGUUUCCUCAACGAUGUGAAUCCAGAGAAAAAUGCGGACAUUCCCGCGAUCGCCAAAUAUUUCAGCACGAAGGGGAGGUAUGAGGAAGUGAACCCGCAUCUCAUAGAGGACAUACUGGCUGUAAACACGUCUGUGUUACAGCCUCCGUCUGCACAGUGUCGCCAAAUCCAUCUGACUGCCAUCAUAAGACAUGGAACGAGAUACCCGACGGCCAAAAACGUCAAGAAGAUGCAGAAGCUGUACGAUCUGGUCCGGAGCGGCGCGCCGGCCAAAGACAGCUGGCUGCAGGAAAUCCAGACGCAGUGGACGAUGUGGUACACGGAGGACAUGGACGGACGGCUGGUCCAGAAAGGUGUCAACGAUCAUCGACAUCUGGCUGUCAGGCUGUCCAAGCUGUUCCCCUCGCUGAUCUCAGAGGAGAAGCUUCGAGGUGGACUCAUCAAAUUCAUCACCAGCUCCAAGCACAGAUGUGUCAACAGCACGCUGUCCUUCAAGGCAGGACUCACAGAGCUGUGGGGUAUUAAAGAUAUGGAGUUUGAGCAUGCAGUGAAUGAUGCUCUCAUGAGGUUCUUUGACCAGUGCACCAGGUUUGUGGAGGAGGUGGAUAACAACCCAUCAGCUCUGACAGAGUUGGACAAGUUUAAAGAGGGACCAGAGAUGAAGAGGGUCGAGGAGAAGAUGGCAGACCGCCUCGGAGUCCCAUACAGUCACAUCACAGACGACAUGGCAGAAGCUGCAUUCUACAUGUGCGCUUACGAGUUUGCCAUCAAGACCGUGAACUCCCCGUGGUGUCGACUCCUGGAUGAGGUCGACGCACAGGUUAUGGAAUAUGCAAAUGAUCUGAAGCAAUACUGGAAAAGAGGCUAUGGUUACGAUAUUAACAGCAAGUCCAGCUGCACCCUCUUCCAUGAUGUCUUCAGUCGUUUGGACAACGUCGUCAGCCAGAACAAGUUAGGCCAGCAGGUGACUGAGGCUGUCACGGUCCAGAUCGGCCACGCAGAGACCCUCCUGCCACUGAUCACCCUGCUGGGUUUCUUCAAGGACAGCGAUGCCCCGACAUCGACCAACUACGCCACGCAGACCCAACGCUCUUUCCGCACCAGCCUCAUGUUGCCCUACACAGCCAACUUACUCCUGGUGCUGUACGACUGUGGAGGAGGCGACAUCAGACUGCAGCCGCUGCUCAACGAGAAGCCUGUGACUUUCCCCGGUCUGGCUGAUCAGAAGGCCUCCAUGCCGCUCUAUCAGGAUGUGAAAAAGCACUACAGGGACCUGCUUCAAGGCUGCGACUUUGAGACUGAAUGUCAGAUUUUCAAGCAUCCUGCUUAAGUUUAGACGGACUGACUAGAGUCUGGAAAGGCAGGAAAUAUAUUUGCUUAAUUGCGUUUUAUUUUGGAAAAAGGAGUGAGGAUAAUGUUUCUAAUGGAAAUAAUUUAGUCUGAAUGCUUCUGCCAAAGUACUCAUGAGCAUAUCACUGUUUGACCUUUUUCCCUCCCUAAAUGAAGCAAUAACGAAGCCUUUCCGCUUCUUUCGUCUUGUGCCUUAAAAAUGUCAGAUCUGGUGUUUCUGGAGCACAGUGAUACCAGCCAGAGGUCCCUUUGCCACCACAGUAUUACAACUGCUAUACUGCUUAUUUUUGCAAAGCUUCUUCCCAUUACCGCACAGCAUUAAAGAAUUUAUUUUUGCAGUG